CUUCUCUCUCUCUCUCUCUCUCUCUCUCUCGUACCCAAAAGCCUCGGAUCUUCUUCACCGCCCCACACUUCACUCACUCCAUGCACAUAUAGAUACAACACAACACACACACACACACACACAAAUAUCUAUAUCUAUGUCUAUAUGAUCAUCAACAUCAGAUAUUGGGAAUUCGUUCAAAACCAGAGAUGGCGGGGCACCUGAAUCUCCCCUCAUCAAAGCGCAACCCGAGGCAGUGGCGCCUCCUAGAUCUAGUCUCCGCCGCCUUCUUCGCCGCCGUGCUCCUCUUCUUCCUCCUCGUCUUCUCUCCCCUCGGCGACUCCCUUGCGCUCGGGACUACUUCUCUCCGCUCUUCUUCCGAUCCCAACAGCCGCCUCCGCCUCGUCGCCCUCGUUGAAUCCUGCCAACAGCAGAGCAUCGAGUCCUGCCCUUCCGACUCCGUCGAUCACAUGCCUUGUGAGGAUCCGAGGCGCAACAGUCAGCUCAGUCGAGAAAUGAAUUUCUAUCGAGAACGCCAUUGUCCGCCACCGGAGGAGACGCCUCUUUGUUUGAUCCCUCCGCCUCAAGGGUACCGCAUUUCGGUUCAAUGGCCGGAGAGCUUGAACAAGAUAUGGCAUAGUAACAUGCCACACAACAAGAUAGCAGACAGGAAGGGCCAUCAAGGAUGGAUGAAAAAGGAAGGACCACACUUUAUUUUUCCUGGUGGUGGUACAAUGUUCCCAGAUGGAGCUAUACAAUACAUUGACAAACUCAAACAGUAUAUUCCAAUUGCUGGUGGAGUUCUGAGGACAGCUCUUGAUAUGGGAUGUGGGGUUGCCAGCUUUGGUGGGUACCUGUUAGCUGAAGACAUGCUGACCCUCUCCUUUGCUCCAAGAGAUUCACACAAAUCGCAAAUACAGUUUGCAUUAGAAAGAGGAAUACCAGCAUUUGUUGCAAUGCUUGGUACUCGCAGACUUCCAUUUCCUGCUUUCUCAUUUGACCUGGUGCACUGCUCUCGAUGUUUGAUCCCUUUUACAGCAUAUAAUGCAACAUAUUUCAUAGAAGUUGAUCGGUUACUUCGCCCAGGAGGGUACAUAGUUAUCUCUGGUCCCCCUGUACAGUGGCCUAAACAAGAUAAGGAAUGGGCAGAUCUCCAGUCAGUGGCUAGAGCAUUGUGUUAUGAACUGAUUGCAGUUGAUGGAAACACUGUCAUCUGGAAAAAGCCUAUAGGGGACUCGUGUCUACCAAACCAAAAUGAAUUUGGGCUUGAAUUGUGUGACGAAUCCUUUGACCCUAGUUAUGGAUGGUACUUCAAGUUAAAGAAAUGUGUUACAAGGACAUCUUCUGUCAAAGCAGAAUGUGCUGUUGGGACGAUUCCGAAGUGGCCGGAGAGGCUAACAAAAACUCCUUCAAGGGCCAACCUUAUGAAAAAUGGAAAUGACGUGUUUGAUGCUGACACCCGACGUUGGGCAAGGAGAGUUGCGUUUUAUAAAACUGCUUUAAACUUGAAGCUGGGGACUCCAGCUAUACGAAAUGUCAUGGACAUGAAUGCAUUUUUUGGAAGCUUUGCUGCUGCACUAUUAUCUGAUCCUGUGUGGGUGAUGAAUGUUGUUCCUGCACGCAAGCCUUCAACUCUUGAUGUCAUUUACGACAGAGGCCUUAUUGGAGUUUACCAUGAUUGGUGUGAGCCAUUCUCUACAUAUCCUCGGACAUAUGAUCUCAUCCACGUAUCUGCCAUCGAGUCGCUUAUCAAAGAUCCAGGCUCUGGAAAGAGAAGGUGUAACCUUGUGGAUUUGAUGGUGGAGAUUGAUAGAAUGCUGCGUCCGGAAGGAACAGUGGUGAUUAGGGAUUCCCCCGAAGUGAUUGACAAAGUGGGUCGCAUUGCUCAUGCCAUUAGAUGGACUUCCACCGUCCACAAGAAGGAACCCAAUUCUCACGGGAGAGAGAAAAUACUUGUGGCAACAAAAAAUUUUUGGAAGUUGCCUUCAACUUAACACUGACGCAUCUUUUUCUUCUUUGUAAUGUAGGUAUCUUUCUAGUUCCUUUAAUUCCUUAUUUAAAGCUAAGGUGUCAUUUUGUGUAGUUAUUAUGCCAGAAUACUCAUACCACCAGCAAUGAUAGUCUUCUUGAUUUUUUUAGGUUCAAUUUUGAGAUAAUGUUGCUCAUCUUAGCUAAAUCAAAGGCAUUGCUGCAUUCCACGUAUUUGUUGUUUUCUUCGUCGUUACAUUAUCGUGUUUUGUUAUUUCAAUCUUGAACAAGUUUCAAC